AUGGUGGUCACCAGCAGAGAUGAAGUUCCAGCAACGCUGAAGCCAGAGUAUAACAGAGCAAGUGAGUUGAAGGCUUUUGAUGACACAAAGCUCGGCGUUAAAGGACUUGUGGAUGCUGGGAUUACUGAGAUCCCUCGCAUAUUCCAUCACCCAGCGGACACUUUGGACAACUCAUCUUCUGGUGACACCCAGAUUAGUAUUCCUGUCAUAGACCUCCAAGGCAUCGACAAAGAUGCAAUAAAACGCAAGAAGAUUGUUGAAAGCAUUCGCGAUGCAUUGGAGACGUGGGGUUUCUUUCAGCUGGUCAAUCACGGGAUCCCUGUGAGCGUUCUGGAGGAGAUGAAGGAAGGGGUGCGUAGGUUUAAUGAGCAAGAUAAUCAAGUGAAGAAAGGGUUCUAUACGCGCGACCCCAUGAAACCGGUGGUGUAUAACAGCAACUUUGAUCUGUAUAGCAGUCCGGCGACUACUUGGAGGGAUACAUUUUUUUGUCAAAUGGCACCUAAUCCCCCAAAGCCAGAAGACUUGCCAGCUGCAUGCAGAGAUAUACUGGAGCAGUACUCGAAGCUGGUGAUGAAGGUGGGGAUUUUAUUGUUCGAGUUAUUAUCAGAGGCACUUGGGCUGAACCCAAAGCACCUAAAUGAGAUUGAUUGCAGUGAGGGGCUUGCGAUUCUGUGCCAUUACUAUCCGGCUUGCCCACAGCCAGAGUUAACAUUGGGCAUAACCAAGCAUACAGACCAUGACUUCGUCAAUGUUCUUCUGCAAGACCACAGUGGUGGCCUCCAAGUUUUUUACCAGGACAAGUGGGUCGACAUCCCUCCGGUGCCAGGGGCUCUAGUGGUUAACAUUGGAGAUCUUCUACAGGUGCUUCCAAAUGAGCUUAAUGUGUGA